CAAUUGCAAUGCAUCAUCACUCCCUCCAAAUAUCAAUCACCAUCUCAUGCUCCCAAAUUAAAGUCAUCUUCCUCCACAUUCUCAGCCACUCCCGCCGCCAUGACCAGCCACGAGUUCGCCGACAACGAACCGGAAUCACCUCAUAACGUUGUUCACCCCUUGAAUCCCGAGGAAUUCCGGCGACAAGGCCACAUGGUAAUCGACUUCAUCGCCGACUACUACAACAACAUCGAACAUUACCCUGUUUUGAGCCAAGUCAAACCAGGCUACCUCCGUCAUCUCCUCCCUCGCUCCGCUCCUCUCGCCGCCGAACCAAUCGAAGAAAUCAUCAAAGACAUUGAAACCCACAUAAUCCCCGGAAUCACUCACUGGCAGCACCCUGCCCAUUUCGCCUACUUCCCCUGCACCGCCAGCACGGCCGGAAUCCUCGGGGAGCUCCUCACCGCCGGGCUCAACGUCGUCGGGUUCAGCUGGGUGGCGUCGCCAGCGGCGACGGAGCUCGAGGCCAUCGUGAUGGAUUGGCUCGGAGAAUUAUUGAACCUCCCGAAGCCAUUCCUCUUCUCCGGAAACGGCGGAGGAGUCAUCAUGGGGACGACCUGCGAGGCUCUGCUCGCGACGCUCGUCGCCGCGAGGGACCGAAAACUGGCCGAAAUCGGGGAAGGAGAGAUCGGGAUCGGGAAGCUGGUGGUUUACUGCUCCGAUCAAACCCACUGCGCGUUUGCAAAAGCGGCGAAGAUCGUGGGGAUAAAACAGGGGAAUGUUCGGGUGGUCCCCGCGAGCAAAACGACGUCGUUCGGGCUGUGCCCGGACGAGUUGUACCAGGCGGUUCGGUCCGACCGGGAACUUGGGCUGGUCCCGAUGUUCCUGUGCGCGACGGUCGGGACCACCCCGACGGCGGCCGUGGACCCGUUGCAGCCCCUAUGCCGGGUGGCGAGGGAGCACGACAUCUGGGUCCACGUCGACGCGGCGUACGCCGGGGCGGCGUGCGUGUGCCCGGAGUUCCGACACGUGAUUGACGGCGUGGAAGGGGCGGACUCGUUCAGCCUGAACGCGCACAAGUGGUUCCUGACCACGCUGGACUGUUGCUGCCUUUGGGUGAAGGACCCGGGCGCGCUCAGGAGAUCGUUGUCUACCAAUCCCGAGUACCUCAGGAACCAGGCCUCCGACGAGGGAGGCGUGAUUACAAGGACUGGCAGACAGGUGACCUUGAGCAGAAGGUUCCGCUCCCUGAAACUGUGGAUGGUCCUCCGGAGCAACGGCGUGGCUAACCUGCGGAACUUCCUGAGGAGCCACGUCCGAAUGGCCGAGGAUUUCGAGAAGCUCGUCGCCGAGGACGGGAGGUUCGAGAUCGUCGUCCCGCGUCGCUUCUCGAUGGUCUGUUUCAGGAUGGUGGCUGGAGCUCGCCGUCGCGGCGACUGCGCCGUCGACGACGGAGUCGCGAAUCUGGCAAACAAGAAGCUGCUCGAGUCGAUCAACGGCUCCGGUCGUGUGUUCAUGACGCAUGCCGUGGCCGGAGGGAUUUACAUGCUGAGGCUGGCGGUCGGUGCUACGCUGACGGAGACUCGACACGUCGUUGAGGCUUGGAAGGUGGUUCGGGAGCAGGCUGAUGCGAUGGACGUCGAGGGGAUCGUGGGCUUGCGGGCUAUCGAGCCCAUGAUCGGAGGCCCAUAG